AUGGACACAACAGUCGAUGUAAGAUCAAUUGGGAAGAUGAUCCAUGCUGGAUGCAAGCACCAUCAUUGUCGAAAGCACGCCAGUGGUCUAGUGCCUGAGUCUGCACAACUACCAACCAUUACAACAAAGGUAGGAGAGGAAUGGCCUCCAGAGUUCUUGCACUGUGGGACAUGGCCACCUCCUCAGCAAGCGUCUGAAUCAGAGUCCGACAUCAACAUAGCCGUGAAGCCCAAAACCAAGGCAUCCAAGCAGAAAGCGCCUGUCAAGGUAUAUCCAGACAAUAUACCAGACAUAGAUGGGGACGGUAGCGACAGCGACUCUAACUCCGACGAAACAAGCGACGACCUGGCCGAUACUCCUGUCGAGCCAGUGGCGGUGGAUUCAACGGAGCUGUCGGACGCAAUAGACACGUUAAAAGUCGCCACGGACGAUGCCGCUACAUCCGGAGAUCAAAGCGGAAAUGAUAAGAGAAUAACCAACGUCAUCCAUGCUCUAGUGAAGGCUCCAUACUCGGUGCUCAAGCUCGUCGCCAGACACGGCAACGGCGACGGCAGCCCUCGGAGGGGCAACGACACCAGCAAAUCCCCGCGGAAAUCGCUCUUUGACCAUGAGAUCGUGGCGGAGAGCCAGGCUCGUGUGGAGAUUGCCGACUAUCUGGACAGCCUCAUCGACCAUGGCGACUACGAAGAAGGCUAUGGCUGCGUGUGGCCGCUCGAAGAGUACCGCCGCACGGGAUGGGCCAAGGAGAUGAUCGCCGCGUACCCGGGGGAGUGUGCCGAGUUUUCACGCGACUCCUCCGCAACGUACGUACACCUCCGCGCCUCGCGGCUCGCCGACGUGUUCGAAGAGUUCUGCCGCCCGCCGGCGUCGACGGUGUUUGCGCUAUCCACGCCGCUCAUGGCGCAGAACCAGGGGUCUUCGGGCGGAGGGGGCCCAGGAGGGGGCAACAAAGCGCUCCCCAUGUCAGGCAACAUCGGGGACGGUAGCGGCAUGACCGCCCUGCCGGGCCACUACCUCCCGUUCGAGGAGAUCACGCUGCCCCCGCACCUCAUGCCCAUCAACCCAGAAGACGAGGACGACGUGGUCCCGGACAUGCACGCCGCCUUUGGCAUUAACCGCGCCCUGAACCAGAACCUGGUCUCCGCCGCCAUCGUCCCGGGUUCCGCGGCAGCUGCGGUCGCGGCAGUCGGCAUGGGCGCGGGCAGUGGAGCGGUGGGCGCAGACGGUGCGACGACGGGUGAAGCCAGCCAGGCGGGUGCUACGAGAGAUCCCAUGUGGAGAGAUCUGGGGUUGAAUGCGUUGGUGGCCGAUGCGCCGAGGAACGGGAUUUCUGCUGUAGGCAUGGAAGGCGUGGGACGCAGAAGAGAAGGGAAGAGGAUAGGUCUAUUGCUUUUACGGUGA